AUGAUACGUCAUAUUUUGAUUUUCACGCUUUUUAUUACAUUUAUGGCUGUGGGUGCGACAGAAACCAAGCAAUCGGAAGACAAAGAUUUCAACGAACUAAGAUCGAGUAUUGCAUCAUUAAAAGAAGAGCUUGCAUUGGUAAAAGUCAGAACUAUUAGUGCUUGUCGCAUUUGCUUUCAAGAAACGGAAGGUUCAAGUCAAUGUCAAGGGCAACGACAUAGUUGCUCCGGUUGGAGUACACAUCCAGAAUGGACACUACCAUUUCGUGAUGAUACUGACAAUCGAUCGGGUGGUUGUUUGUAUCAAUGGAAGUUGGAGUGCCACAAAGGAAUCUGA